CUCGAGGAGAUGGGUACACUGCAUUGAUAUCUUCCACGUUGUGCGCGAAAACCACACGAUCCCUCCCCGAUAUUACGCAGUCUAUUUAAACGCAACAUCCACACACCCAUACCAUCACUCACCACUUUGGUCGUCUCACCUGCACUCGCGGUGUACAGGAGAGGAAUCCAGUGAUGGAUCAGGACAAGUACCUGCCAGAGCUCAUUGCCGAGAAGGAGAGCUUGGACCCGUCCUUCGUCCACGCGAUGCGCCUUCUCGCCGAAGAGAUUGAAAAGUUCGAAGGAGACGAGUUGAGAAAAGAUGGCGAGGUGAAGAAAUACUUGGAUAUCAUCAGCAACAAAAACAUCAAACUGUCAGAGCGCGUGCUGAUCCCGGUUCAGCAGUAUCCUAAGUUUAAUUUUGUUGGGAAACUGCUGGGGCCCAGGGGCAAUUCCAUGAAAAGAUUACAAGAGGAAACAGGAGCAAAGAUGUCCAUCCUCGGCAAGGGUUCAAUGAGGGAUAAAGGCAAGGAGGAAGAGCUGAGGAAAAGUGGAGAGGCGAAAUACGCCCAUUUGAGCAACGAUCUUCAUGUUUUAAUUGAAGUUUUCGCACCACCUGGAGAAGCCUAUUCCCGCAUGAGCCAUGCCCUGGAGGAGAUUAAGAAAUUCCUUGUUCCAGAUUACAAUGAUGAGAUCAGGCAGGAGCAACUUCGUGAGCUCUCCUACUUAAAUGGCUCAGAUGACCCAAGCCGAGGAAGAACCGCACGAGGACGAGGUUUACGUCUGACCUCCACCGCCUCCACUCGAGGUCGAGGGGGGGCAGCUCCACCUCCUCCACCUGGCCGAGGAGCAGCAGCACCCAGAGGAACCGUGGGUACACGCACCUCCGUCCCCACACCAACACUAGCCAGAGGAGUGUCUGCAUCCCGGGCCAGAGGAACUACAGGAACCCCUGGAUACAGAGCCCCGCUACUACAGGCCACGCACAAAUCAUAUGACGACUACGGAUACGAUGAUGGUUAUGACGGGGAAUACGAUGACCAGAGUUAUGAGGGCUAUGAUGACAACUACAGCAACCAGUCGAAAAGUGUCUCAGAAUAUUAUGAAUAUGGACACGGUAAUAAUGACGAAGCCUACAACAAUUAUGCAGAAGAGGACUGGAUCUCAUCGCGGCCCAACCUCAAAGCUCCAGCAUCAAGACUUACUCGAGGGGGCUACAGAGAUCACCCCUAUGGUAGAUAUUAAAGGUACCAGUCUCUCUGUGAGCUGAGAUGCAGUGGAUUGAAUCAGACUUGUAACUGAUGAGCGGCACCCUGGUGGAUUAUAACACCGUGUCUGGUUGUCGCCCCGCGUCGCGCCGCAACAGCUGUUUACACUGGAUGCGACAAAGCGACCGUUGCAAAUCAUUUGAACUUUGUGCGCUUUGCAGUCGAUAUGUGGAGCAUACUGAUAAAACCAAUCAGUAAGAAGUGAGGGGGCUCCGUCUCAUUUGGCUGAGGAAGUGCUUAUAAACAGUCUGUGUGCAGAUGCUGUAUGCCAGUGGUGAACUUCUCAUUUCCCUGGAUCUGAAUAGAGCUGAUCUUGACAGAACAUCACUGCAGGGCACAGAUGACCACUGCGUAUCCAUCUUGUCAAAAUGAAAUCUGAACGGUGUCUUAUGAGAUGGACCUCACCCUCCUGGAUUGACUCAUUCAGACCACGUAGAAGGUCCAAGCAGAAACCUUUCCUAAGCUGCAUCACAUCCAGUUUGAAUUCUUCAGAGACCCAUAAAUUCAAUAUGGCAUUAUGGUGUUAAGAUCAAUAUAGCAACAUAAGGCAUGCCACAUAUUGUGGUAUAUUAUGAGGCUAUGUUCAUCCUAACAUUGUUUUCAGGUUUAAAUCCUUUCUCAUGUAUAACGCUGUGCUGUAAUGUUUUGCAUUUUUUUGGUCAUAUAUCCUCUUUUCGUUUAAUCUUUUUUAUCCCACAGGACAAAAAAGGACAUAAUUGGAUUAAAUGGCAAUUGAAGAUGGAGUAUAUUUUGUCUAAGUACGUCAUCUACGCUAUGUCACCUCAAUGACAGCUAAAUGAGAGGGUUUAUCAUGGUGCAUUAAAUCUUCAUAGAUAUGCAACUAAAUAUCUUUAUGCAACACAAACAGUUUUGGUUGUAUUUUUGAGGUUAUAGGAGCAGCUUGUUUCUGUGCUUUCUGCCACUGUGACAUCUGUGAGCAUAUGACUCAGUUUGCUCUGCGUAUGUCAUUACUUGCAGCGUCGAAAUACAGCACAUAUUACUCAUCAGAACCUGUGCUGUCAAAGCCGGAGGCUUCAAAAAUUAGUUAGAUAAAUACAUACAGUAAGUGAACUUCACACAAAGGCUCAUCUUCAUGAAAAUGCAUACUAUGUAAACAAAUCCAGUGCAUAAAUCUUUAAUGACAAACACAUAUUCUCAUUAAUGCUUUGAGUUCCUCAGCCGAAUGUGUUUUGAGGUUUUUCUCCUUGCAGUGAAAAUUUCAAAACAUCCAAUCAUGUUUUUUUAAGUGGCAUUUUUACACUGUCUAAGUGCCCUUGAGGUUAUCAACACAGCUCAGACCGAAUUUUAAAAUUCAGUUUCCUUAUGACUGUACAAAUGAAACAGCAUCUUUCUGGAGAAUGUGGAAGGCAUGUAGAUUCAAAAACAUACACCUCAAAGCAAUCAAUAGUUUGUACAGAAUAGUCUAUAGGUUUGUCAAAUAAGCGUUUGCACAAUCUCCACUGAAACAGCUGCAAUUUAAGCACAUUUUUAUAGUCAGAAACAAAUCUUUUAAAUCUUUUUAUAUAUGCCAAUUUCACUCAGGAGCUGUCAGCAAAUCUAGCAGUUAUUUGCUGAUAGAAGGAAUAAAGGAAACGCAUUGUUUAUUUUGCUUACCAGGUACUGAGACUCAAUAGUGAGACAUAUGAACUCACCCACAAUAAAAUUAAAAUAAUCUUCAUCGUAAUGCUACAGUAAGACUACAUGUCCUAUGAAAAAGUACAUUUUUUCAUGCAUUGUAAUGCAUAGAAUUAACAGUGAUAAAAUUAUGACCAGCAACACGGUUUUAUACUUAACAGUACAUAAUAAAGCUUUAAAACACUUAUGCAUUAAGUCUUAUGUAGUCUUCAUUUCAGUUCUAGAUGGGGGCUUUGUGCUGAGAUCUUAAUUAUACAUAUACCUGAAUCCAGAUACAUCUGAAAACAGUGUUUUCGCUUUAAAACACUUUCGAUCCACACUGAAAUGUUGGAAAACAUUAAAUUCUAAAGCCUUAAAAAAGCUCAGAGACAAUCCAGACAUAAUUCUUUUGGCAGGAUCAUUUUAUUUAGAAAAAUAUCUCAUUAUUCACUGACACGUCCAUGUCGCACUAUAUGUCUGCUCUAAAACACAGCUGCCCUCAUUUUUUGCGAGUAAAUGUUCUGUCAUCUUUGCGGGACUGUAAUAUAACUGUAGCAACAGUGUGAAAGUGAAUAGCACAUAACAGGCACAAAACCAGUAUAAUAUGCAUCACGACUAAACAUCCCCCGUGGUAACACUUUAUUUUAAGGUGCCCUUGUUACACGUUACAUGUACUUACUAUUAUAACAACAAUUAAUAAUGCAUAUUUAAAUGCAAGUAACCCUAAGCCAAACCCUAACAAUAUAGUAAGUACAGUAGAUGUAGUUAAUUAAUAUUACUUAGUGCUUAAAUGUACAGUUGAGGUCAAAAGUUUACCGUUUUAGAAUCUGCAAAAUGUUAAUUAUUUUACCAAAAUAAGAGGAUGCGUGCUACUGUUUCUUUAGUACUGACCCGAAUAAGAUAUAUCACAUAAAAAGAUGCCAGGGGGUGAAAACUUUUGAAGAUGAAUGAAGAUGUGUACAUUUUUCUUAUUUUGCCUAAAUAUCAUAUUUUUUCAUUUAGUACUGCCCUUCAGAAGCUACAGAAGAUACUUGCAUGUUUCCCAGAAGACUAAAGUUAAAUUUACCCUGAUUGUUCCAAAUGUUUUCACCCCCCAGCUCUUAAUACAUUGUGUUUCCUUCUGAAACAUCAGUGAGUGUUUGAACCUUCUGUAAUAGUUGCAUACGAGUCCUUCAGUUGUCCUCAGUGUGAAAAGAUGCAUCUCAAUAUCAUACAGUCAUUGUUGGAAAGGGUUCAAAUACACAAAAAUGCUGGAAAACCAAAGAUUUUGUGGGACGUGAAGGAUUUUUCUAAAGAACAGUGGGCAGUUUAACUGUUCAGGACAAACAAGGGCCUCAUGAACAACUAUCACUGAACAAAAAAUCAGCUGUGAAUCAUUCAAGUAACAACACAGUAUUACGAAUCAAGCGUAUGUAAACAUCUUUCAUGUGAAAUAUCUUACUUAGGUCAGUACUAAAACAAUAACAUGCAUUUUUUAUGAUCGUUCUUAUUUCAGUAAAUAAUUUGCAUUUUGCAGAUUCUAAAAAGGGGGGUGUAAACUUCUGACCUCAGCUGUAUAAUAACACUGUAACAACGACACCUUAAGGUGUAACCGCCUCUGUUUUCACCAUCAACACUACAACGGGAAAACAGCAUUCUCAAAUUUAUCCACUUUGGAGAGCGUUUUCAAAAAGCUGUUUUCCUUGACAGAAACGCCAUCUCAGUGUGGAUAAAAGCCCAACACUGAGAGAAAAAGAUGCGUUUUUAAAUUAAAACGUAUGAGCAACUGUUCCCAUCAUGCAGUGUUCUGUUUCAACACUAAUCAAACACACCUGAACCCCUUCAGGGUCUGCAGGUUCACAUGGAAAACACUGGCAGGUGUGCAGGAACAAGCCAUAGACUGCACAAAUGCAGAUCCCAAAGCCCUGCUUUAAUAUUUUCAGUACUUUCUCUUCUGGAUCAGACCUUUAUCCAAAAGUGAAGACAAAUAACGGUAGUUCAAUAUAUGUACCCCUCAUGCAAAGGUAAAUAUUAAUAGAAAAUGUAUGCUGGUUUGCCUAGUAUGUGUUCACUGUGUGACAGUUUCAGCUGUCGCAUAGUUACAUUUUAUACAGAGUGUUUUCGAGUUGCACUUCAGAAUAGAGACGUUAUCAUGCAGAGAUAUGGAUAGUAAAACAAGGAAAAAGACAAAAAAAAUUUAUUCUGUGAAAAUACUGAAUACUUGUGUGAUUAAACGUAUUGCAUCAUUUCAUACAAUGUAUCUUCUAUUAGUUAAGAACAAAUUUUACUGGAACUCCCGGACAAGUGAGCGUGUAUGAAGUGUAAGCCUGUCUGACAGGACCAGCUUUCUAACACAAAUACUUGCAAACAGUGUGAGCUUGAGUGUACCAUCAUUAAAG